AAAAACUCGAGUUAAGAAUGAAUCAGAUUUUAAAAUGGCAAGGUAUUUUCGAGGUGAGUGAAUCACUUCCAGGAGCAAUGAGAAGGGAAAUACAGAAAUUUGAGUGCCUCCAAAAUACCUAAAUGGAUUAGAGAGAUGGCCUCAGUCUGUUUCUCUCGCUUCUACUCUCUCACGCUGAUUUCAUGGUCUUUUCUUUCCUGGACAAGUCGCUCAAAUCUACUGGGUGCACACUGUGACCUUCCAGUUGUGGGUAUCAGGGGCACACAGUGGGCAACACUGCACGCGCACUGGACUUCUGGCUGACACCUGGGCGGCACUUCCACGCCUGCCGGUGGUUUCCUACGAGCCAGGCGUCCGGUCGGCGGCAGCGGCUUCUCAUUCAUGCUUUUGACAACUGCGCGGCUGCCUGCAAGCUGAAAGUGAAAUGCCCCUCGCUGUAUCUCCUCCAGCCCCGGGCCGCCCUAGGUGGGAGGGCCCCAGUGGCGACGACACUCGGUGGUGCCCUAGGGCCGUUGGUCGGGCUCCUCCAUAGGUGGCUGCGUUUCCGACUUUGCCCUGGCUCCACUCCGGGGGCUUGACGUGCAAACUUCGCCGGAGCGAGCUGAGAGGGAGGGACCGGCGAGGGGGAGGAGGCGGCGGGAGGCGCCUCCGCUUAAGGGAGCCGGCGGAGCGCCGCCGCUCGGACGGACGCGCGGACGGAAGGAAGGAGCGGGGCCGCCGGGCCCGGCCCGGGGAUGCGAGCGGCCGCAGGGAGCGGAAAGAAUGUCGGAGCGGGCCGCGGAUGACGUCAGGGGGGAGCCGCGCCGCGCGGCGGCGGCGGGCGGGGCGGCGGCGGCCCGGCAGCAGCAGCAGCAGCAGCAGCCUCCACAGCCCCAGCGGCAACUGCAGCCGCCGCCGCCGCCGCGGCGCCUACGGCCGGAGGACGGCGGCCCGGGCGCCGCCUCCCCCUCGGCCGCCGCAAUGGCGACGGUCGGGGAGCGCAGGCCCCUGCCUAGUCCCGAAGCGAUGCUGGGACAGUCGUGGAAUCUGUGGGUCGAGGCUUCCAAAGUUCCUGGGAAGGACGGGACGGAAUUGGACGAAAGUUUCAAGGAGUUUGGGAAAAACCGCGAAGUCAUGGGGCUCUGUCGGGAAGACAUGCCAAUAUUUGGCUUUUGUCCAGCCCACGAUGAUUUCUACUUGGUGGUAUGUAACGACUGUAAUCAGGUUGUCAAACCGCAGGCAUUUCAAUCACAUUAUGAAAGAAGACAUAGCUCAUCCAGCAAACCUUCUUUGGCCGUUCCUCCCGCUUCAGUAUUUUCCUUCUUCCCUUCUCUGUCCAAGAGUAAAGGAGGCAGUGCAAGUGGAAGCAGCAGCCGUUCUUCCAGUGGAGGUGUUGGUAGCGCAUCCUCAUCGAGUUCCAAGUUGUUGAAAUCGCCCAAAGACAAACUGCCACUCAGGGGGAACACCAGGCCAAUGCAUCCCGUUCAGCAGAGUAGAGUCCCCCAUAGUAGAAUCAUGACACCCUCUGUGAAAGUGGAAAAGAUUCAUCCCAAGAUGGAUGGCACACUACUGAAAUCUGCCGUGGGGCCAACCUGUCCUGCUACUGUGAGUUCCUCAGUCAAGCCUGGCCUUAACUGCCCCUCAAUACCAAAGCCAACCUUGCCUUCACCUGGACAGAUUCUGAAUGGCAAAGGGCUUCCUGCACUGCCCACUAUGGAAAAGAAAUCUGAAGACAAUUCUAAUAGUAGGAAAUUUUUAAAUAAGAGAUUGUCAGAACGAGAGUUUGAUCCUGACAUCCACUGUGGGGUCGUUGAUCUUGACACCAAGAAGCCCUGCACCCGGUCUUUGACAUGCAAGACACAUUCCUUAACCCAGCGGAGGGCUGUCCAGGGUAGAAGGAAACGAUUUGAUGUGUUAUUAGCUGAGCACAAAAACAAAACCAGGGAAAAGGAAUCGAUUCGCCAUCUGGACUCUCAGCAACCACCGCAGCCUCUCAGGGACCCGCAUCCCGCCCCUCCUAGAACGUCCCAGGAGCCGCACCAAAACCCUCACGGAGUGAUUCCUUCUGAAUCAAAGCCUUUCAUAGCUAGUAAACCUAAACCUCACACCCCCAGUCUUCCAAGGCCUCCAGGCUGCCCUGCUCAGCAAGGUGGGAGUGCCCCCAUUGACCCUCCUCCAGUCCAUGAGUCUCCACACCCUCCCCUGCCUGCCACUGAGCCAGCUUCUCGGUUAUCCAGUGAGGAGGGCGAAGGCGAUGACAAAGAAGAGUCUGUUGAAAAACUGGACUGUCAUUAUUCAGGUCGUCAUCCUCAGCCAGCAUCUUUUUGCACAUUUGGGAGCCGGCAGAUUGGAAGAGGCUAUUACGUGUUUGACUCCAGGUGGAACCGGCUUCGCUGCGCCCUCAACCUCAUGGUGGAGAAGCAUCUGAACGCGCAGCUGUGGAAGAAAAUCCCACCAGUGUCCAGUACCACAACACCUGUUUCCACACGUGUUCCUCACCGGACAAACUCUGUGCCGACAUCACAGUGCGGGGUCAGCUAUCUUGCAGCAGCCACUGUCUCUCCAUCCCCAGCUCUGCUCUCAUCCACCUGCAUCUCCCCACACAGCAAAUCGGUACCAGCUCAUGGAACCACACUGAAUGCACAGCCUGCCGCUUCAGGGGCCACGGAUCCUGUGUGCAGUAUGCAGUCCAGACAAGUGUCCUCGUCAUCCUCGUCUCCUUCCACACCCUCUGGCCUUUCCUCAGUCCCUUCCUCCCCUAUGUCCAGGAAACCUCAGAAGUUGAAAUCCAGCAAGUCUUUAAGGCCCAAGGAGUCUUCUGGUAAUAGCACUAACUGUCACAAUGCCAGUAGCAAUGCCAGUAGCAGUACCAGUGGCGGCUCAGGAAAGAAACGCAAAAGUAGUUCCCCACUGUUAGUUCAUUCUUCCUCCUCCUCCUCCUGCUCUUCUUCUCAUUCCAUGGAGUCUUUUAGGAAAAACUGUGUGGCUCACUCUGGGCCUCCCUACCCCUCAGUGGUAACAUCUUCCCAUGGCAUUGGCCUCAACUGUGUGACAAACAAAGCUAACUCGGUGAGCAUCCGGCAGGACCAGGCAGGGAGGGGCCCCGCCAGCGGGAGCCCUGCGGAGUCCAUCAAGAGGAUGAGUGUGAUGGUGAACAGCAGCGAUUCCACUCUUUCUCUUGGCCCAUUCGUUCACCAGUCUAACGAACUGCCUGUCAACUCCCAUGGCAGUUUCCCACACUCACACACUCCUCUAGACAAACUCAUAGGAAAGAAAAGAAAGUGCUCACCUAGCUCAAGCAGCAUCAACAAUAGCAGCAGCAAACCCACAAAGGUUGCCAAAGUGCCAGCCAUGAACAACGUCCACAUGAAACACACAGGCACCAUCCCAGGGGCACAAGGACUGAACAAUUCCCUCCUUCAUCAGGAUAUCUCUUCACCUUGCUUACGAACAGGAAUUUCAACAGCAUCACCCCAGAGCCCUGAUUUAAAAUCCAAAGGCACGUCCCUGACAGCUGAAAAUAGCACGGGGAGGAAUAAUCCGGACACUUUUGAGGACAAGUUACACCUCCACUCAGCACUCUGGACUCCACGAUGCCUUUGAGUCUGUUUUCCCAACCUCCUGUGGGCCUCAAGGGUAGAGACCUGCUGGGCUGUUGUUUUAACAAGGAUUUCCCUGAAGCUAUGUCUGUAGCAGUGAGUACUCAUAAAGGACACUGGAUCAAGUUCAGCCACCGAAUUGCUUUUAUCAGUGUUAAAGUGGUCUGGACUGCUUGCUACCAAUCUGUGAGAAGUUUUUGUUUUUGUUUUGUUUUUAAACUUGCAGUAUAUCAUGGAGCUAGUCUUUGAGUAGAUUGGCUGGGCAGGAAAAUGGCAAGAGCGUUACUGUAGAACCUUCUCCCCGCCUUUCUGUUUUUAAUGCUGUCUUCUGUAGGUCACUCUCCAGCAGUUAGGCACCGUAACUGAGACUGGAGAUCUUCCAGAGGGGAAAGAACUGUACCCUGAGGAGCCCUCUAGAGAAGGGAAUUUGGCUUUAGAUUUUUAUGGAAAUGUUUCAGGAAUGGCGUAUGGACACUAGUGCAAGGCACCAGGACAAAGUAACCCAGCCUUUUGCAAGUCAUUUCGGAUGAAAAGCUGUCAGAAGUUUCUAACUUAUGAACUGGUUUGAAACUGUUGAUGCCCAGAGAGCAACUACAAAUCAUUUUAGAGGCUUGCUUUUCAUAGUACAAAAGCAAUUCUAUGAGAUGAUAAAGGAAACACCAAGCUAGUUUUGAUAAAGGAAGCCAGAUUGGGGGUAAGGAAGGAUGGGGAAAUCACUAUAGGGAGAAAAAACUUUUUCUAAAAUUUCCAAAGAGAUGGAAUUUUCUUAUCCUUAAAUUUUCACAGUCAACAGCAUGUCAGAUUGGGUUGGUUGUCCUACUCAGUCUGCUUUUAAAAUAUUGUCUUUUAAAAGUGGUGUUCUUAGGAUGUACUUAAUUGUUCCCAGGGCACUCUCUGCAUUACCCCCAUUUUCCUCUCUGGAUUCUGUCCAGGGGCUAAGUCUAGCCUUCUGCUCCAGGUGCUCCCAGCAUGGUGUGUGUCUGCAUCCCCCUUAUUGCCCCUUCAGAUACUCAUCUGGAUGUGGUUGGGACACAGAGCAGACACAGGGAGGGAGUUAGAGAACAUGUACGUGUCCCCAUACAGAGAUUUUGUAUGAUGCAUGUAUGAGAUUUUCCUCACACAAACCCUCCUUUCUUGGGAUUAGUGCCAGCUAUUUUCCAGAGAGAGUUGUAGAGCCCUCUAGGAUAAAUUUUCUACUACUCCAUCCCAAAAGAAAGAAAUACAUUAAAACAGCAUUGCUAGAGAAGGUAUCCUUGAAUUUUGGGGGCCUCUUAAGGGAUGAUCCUACCACCAUAGCUCCUGACAUGAGAACUAGGCACUUUUGCUUUGAAGAACACACAAAGUUGCUGAACACAGGGUAAAAUUUCCAAGGCUUUGAUUAUUGCCCUGGCCAAGGCCUAAAUAGAGUCAGUCAGUGCAUCCUUUUUUUCCUGCAGUUCUUGGGUUUCAAACUUCAGUUUCAGGGAAUUUCAAGUUAACAACAGGUAGAAUGAAAAAAUAAUUGGUUACCAGCCUAAUCAAUGUGAAUUACUAUAAAAUUAUUCUUAAGUAAGAAAACAAAAGCUUUAUGCAGAUAUUUUAACUAUAAAUUCAUGUAAAAUAUUGAUUUUUUUUUUUAAAGGAAGGAAUGAACAGUAUCCUGUUCACUUAUUAUGCAAUCAGUCAGUAAAUGAUACUAUAGGAGAGUUUAGGAAGGAGAUAAUAUAGAUGGGCCCAUUUGGUGUAGGUGAGGAGAAAUAAGUCUGUUCCAUCCCAGUAGGGAGAGAGAGGAGGUGAUGAGAAGGAAUCAGAACGUACCUAGUUGAUUCCUUGGUGACAAGUGCAAUGGGGUAUGGGUAGAAUUUAUUUUCAGAGCCAAGGAGACUUGAUGGUUAUAAAUAAAGUUGCUUUUAGCAAUGGAAUUCAUAGACAGAUCAUGUUGUUCUGAAAGGUGACUAGAAUCCACUAAUUAGCAAGUUGAUUCAGAAUAAUGUAGAUAUUUAGAUUAGUGAGUAUUGAUCAUUUGAUUUCUUAGACUGAAGUUUUAAUUGAAUUUCAUUAUGUUUCCCGGUAAUACACAGAUCAUCGGGAUUAGGAAAUUAGCCAUUUUGGAUUCUGCCUGCCACAAACAGACCUAUUCUAAACAGUGCUAUUAAAUUUUAGACUGUUGUUCAAAUAUUUUAUUUUCUCCUAUUAGUACUUUUUAUUAUGAUGAACAGUUAAGACCAUUUAAAACACAGGAGUACAAGUAUUUUUUUGAAUUAAAUUAACUUGCAAAAACCAAAUUUGCAGUGUUUGGGUUGUUUCUAGACAGACUUUGGUAUCAAUUUAAAACCAAGAUAAUUUUUAUAUUCUUUCCAAUAGAAUUUCAUGACAACUCCUGCAGUUUUCUUAACCUACAAAAAAAAAAAAAGUGCUGCAAUGAUGAACAAAGAAUUAUACAAAACCUACUUUUGUAUCUUUAUUUUGGAAUUUCUUGUUCUAUUAUAAAUAUGGAAGUAUCCCUAUUUCAGAAGACAUAUUUUGUUAAAAAUGAAUUGUACAUAUUUAAAUAUGUAUUUUUGCACAGGUCUUUUUUUCUGAUAUCCUGUUUUGGUACAAUUGAGAUCAUCUAGUAUUUAUUUAUUAAUUAAUAAAGUAAAAUACCUUUUUAUAAUUUGAAGUGGUUCACUGCCAAGCCAAUAGUCCUAGAACCUGCCUCCUUUACAGUUUAAGGGAUGCCUCUGUUCUGUGAAAGUCUUUGUCCCUCUUAAUGUCUCGGGAGUGGAUUCAUACAGAUGAAGUGGGCAUUGCUUCUCCCUAGUUGCCUGAUUUCCUGAUAGACUACAUGUAAUUAAGUGACACACUGCUUUUCUUUUGUUACUGUUUUAUGUGUGUGGGUGUGUGUGAGUGCGCGCGUAUAUGUCCUCUGAGCACAUGUGUGUUAGUAUGUGAAGUGGUUUAAAACUAAUGGAAAAAACUGAAAGUGCCUGAACCUAGUUUUAAGCUUAGACAGAAUCUCUUUAAAAAGACUUGAAUGUUCAGUUGAAAUUUUUGGAGUUUGCUUUUUCCACCUAAAUAUCAUUUCUAAAAUUUUAGGGGAGGAGUUGAAAACCAAUGCUGGUAAUUUUAUAAGGUAUUUUAAAAAUUCAGACCUUUUGGUUCACAGUAAUUCAACUGGUGAUGGAUUGCCCAGUGGUACCAAGGGUUACAAAUCUUUUUGUCAGCCAGCAACUUACAUGAUAUGUCCGUUUUGUUAUUCACUCAUGAAAUACAGAGUUUAAAAUAGAAUAGCUAAAAUAUUUUGUAUUCCAAAAAUAUAAUACAAAGAAGUACCUCUGAGAACAUUGAAAAAAAUGUAUAAUUUGAAAAAUGUAACUUAUAAAGGCAGCUGUCUUCCUGCAAGAGUUCUGUUGCCAAGGAAUUUCUUAAUGUCUCUCAUUCUGUCCAGGGGGGAGAGUGGAUUGGGCUUUGAAAAUUAUUGUUAAAACUUUCAUGGUUUAGCAGAAAAUAAUCAUUUUUACUAUUUGUGCAAAACAUUUUACAUUUUCAGAUCAUUUAAAUGAGCACUACUUACUGUCGGUGUGAAUGUAGGGCCUUGAAAGCAUUUUGCUGUUUUUUUGAGCUUGGUUCUAUAAGCAAUCUCCUGUGUUAAAAAUGUGUGAAUAGUUUGAUAAUCUGUACACAUAAUCAAGAGCAUCUCAGCUGGACUUUGUGUUGGCUGCUGUAUAGAACAUGAACAAAUGUCAAGGGAUAGAAAAUUACUUUGGAUAUUUAAAAGAGAAGAAAUAUAUAGUCUAUUUGUUUUGUAACAAGUUUCUGUAAAUAAAAUAAUUUAUACUAUUUAUAAGAAAAA